GUGUUCGGGGGAGGGCACCGGGAGGUCAAAGGUGAAGGGUCGCCAAGAUGGCUGCUCCCGCGCAGCUUGUGCAGCUGCGGUAGAGCAGCGACUGGCGUUGCCGGCCUAGCAGGGGGCGUAUCGGGCUCUGCUGGGACAAUGGCCCCGGCUCCGCUGCUCCUCACUGGGAGCCGGGGCUGGCCGAGGCUCGUGGGGCCCCAGACGGAGCUGCUGGUGCAGGGGCUUCAGGGGUCUCGGAGGGGGCUGUUGGGGUCCCAGGCAGGUCAGAGGGGGCUGCAGGUGCAAGGUCUCUCCAGAGGCUUUGCCAAGGUAGCCAAGACCAGGAGCAGCAGAGAAGUGAAAGAAGCUGAGGACUCUGCCCCCGUUUUUCAGUAUGUGGGGGAGAGGUCCAAGAGGAAGGACAGGGUGUUUGUCUGGGGUUUCUGUCAUGCUGGGGCCCUGGGGAUCCCCAGCUUCGUUAAGCCUGAUGCAAGCUGGAAAAAGCGCCGGAGGAUACAACCCACACCCUACCGCCUGGACACAGCUGAGAAGAUAUCCUCUGCAGCAUGUGGCUAUGGCUUCACGCUAAUAUCCUCAAAAACCACUGACAUUACCAAAGUUUGGGGCAUGGGGCUGAACAAGGAUUCUCAGCUUGGCUUUCAGAGAAGCAGGAAGGAUCAAACUAAAGGCUAUGAGUAUGUCUUGGAACCGUCUCCCAUUCCAUUACCACUGGACACUCCCCAGGAGACUCGGAUCUUGCAGGUGUCUUGUGGGAGAGCUCAUUCCCUCAUCCUGACGGACAAGGAAGGAGUCUUCAGCAUGGGCAACAAUUCCUAUGGGCAGUGUGGCCGAAAAGUUACUGAAGGUGAAAUUUACAGUGAGAGCCAUCUAAUUCAUCGACUGCAAAAGUUUAAAGGCAGGGUUGCGCAGAUUGUCUGUGGGCAGGAUCACAGUCUGUUCAGGACUGAGAGAGGCGAGGUUUACUCCUGUGGAUGGGGAGCUGAUGGACAAACAGGUCUUGGCCAUUACAAUAUCACCAGUGUGCCCACCAAAUUAGGCGGAGAUAUUGCUGGAGUAAAUAUCGUACACGUUGCCACCUAUGGGGACAGCUGUCUGGCUGUAUCUGAUGAAGGAGACCUCUUUGGGUGGGGAAACUCUGAAUACUUGCAGCUGGCUUCCAUCACAGAGACGACACAGGUGAAUGUUCCAAGGCACUUACCAUUCAAGAUUGGGAAGAUAAAGGAUGCUGCAUGUGGAGGGACAGGCAAUGCUGUUGUAAAUGAAGAAGGAAAUGUCUUUGUCUGGGGAUAUGGAAUUCUUGGGAAAGGACCAAACCUGAUGGAAACAGCAACUCCAGAAAUGAUCCCACCCACCCUCUUUGGCUUGUCAGACUUCAGUCCGGACACCCGCGUUUCUCGCAUUUGCUGCGGACUCAGCCAGUUUGCUGCACUUAACAACAGAGGAGAGCUGUUUAUGUGGGGCAAGAAUAUAAGGGGGUCCUUGGGGAUUGGAAGAAUGGAAGACCAGUAUUUCCCAUGGAGGUACAAUAAAUCUCGAGUUUCAGCAAAAGACCCAGCAAGUAAAAUAAGCAUGUGCACUCUCCGUGUAAAGCAAAACCAUCCAUCGUCCAGCUCCAUGCUUCGUACAAGAACGAGAUCCUUCGCUGCUGUUGCAACGCGACAGGGUGAAAUUCACCUCUGUGCAGAGGGCUGGCACAAGGGCUACCAACCAUUUCAAUCUGACUGAAGCCUUUCCACCUCAACCUAGCAAAGACUGAUACAUGGGCGUAAUUCUGCGAGCUGCACACAGCCCCACUGGCUUCAGCUCAGUCACUCAACGUGCGUACGUGCGGCAGUCUGUGCAGGAUUGAAGUCUUAGAGAACACAGGGGUUGCCGCAGUCCCUUGCAUAGGGGUGAACUGCCCCCUAAGUUAGCUGCUUUCUGUAGCAUUUUUUUUUAAAGAAAAGCCUCCAUCACAUCAUUUAUCCCAAUUAAAAAAAAGAUGGUUCCAAUUAAGGAACGGCUUUGUAAAUUCCUGUAUCUGCAUGACACUAGCAAAGACAGAACACGAUGGAAAUAAACAAGGCUGUGUUACCAAAUGUUUCUUUUCACACCCCCAGCCCCCCACACCCCACUGUAAGAUAACAGCAACAAUUUUGCUUUCAGCACCAGGAGUGUUUGCCAGAAAUUCAGAUGCCAUUUGGGGCUUGAAUGUAUCCUACUGAUGAUUAAGUUACAGAGGAAAGUUCAGCUCAAAUGCAAUGUGUUCAAGGAGUCUCUGGAGAUUUCAAUGGUGUUUAUCCCAGUUUUCCAACUGGGCUGAAUGAAGCACAAGGUGGGAAGAGUGACCGGCCGUAGGUCCUAGGGUUGGCAAGGCUUAGGACCAAGAAUUUCUCUGAUCUGGUUAUUUGCCAGAAAACCUGAGCCAUACAACAGCCUCCUGACUAUGAUCUGCUUCAGUCUGCUGACCAGUACUUCGGACCAGGGUUGGAUUUUUUAAUUCAAGAAAAAGGAGUAAUCAAUGCCCUGUUCAAGCAAGUUGAAACACUAAUAAAAUGGCCAUUAGCAGCGAAGUGCCCUAGGGAAAGAGCCAGAUUCUGAUGUGAGUUACGCUAGGGUAAAUCUGGAGUAACUCCGCUAACUGCAACAGAGUUUACACUGGCGUAAAUCUCUGACUGCAGGGGGGUUCUUUUAAGUUCCACACCAGAGUCUGUCCCAAAAUGCACAGCUAAGAAUUGGCACGAUCAUACCAUUAAAAUAGCCCAUCCAAAUGAAAGUUCGCAGGGUGCAGUCUAGGGUCCAGUUGUUCGAAGCAAAGUAACACUGAUGCCAAUCAAGCUGUUGGGAAAGUCUGACACAGCCCACGCCACAAAGCCUCACUCUCUGGUUUCUUUGCCUCAGAUCCAGAAACAGGAUUUCAGCCCCCCCAUUUCAAAAUUCCAUCUACCAGGCCUGGGCCCACCAAGGAGCUCGGGCCUGGCCCUCCAUAUUCCUUCUGGAGCCAGCGAGGAUAACUACUCAUAUGAGUAAGAGUUUACAGCAUCCGGCACUGAGAGCUGGUGCGUUACAGACAUGACCUCCAAGGGUAGUGUUAGAGAACACUGGAGAGGUAUGACCCAUUCGCUAAAUGGGAGCACUGUCAUUACAGUUGGACACCAUCAUUGUGGGCUCAAGGGCCUAGUUUUGGUUGACCUCAAAAAAUAACGGAGAAAGGAGUUUGUGCUGGAAGGAAACGCUGCCGAAUUAGAGCCAGCACCAGCAAACUAUCAGCCUCUAGGACUACCCCUUCACAGACUCUGAAUCUAAGGCCAGCACAGUAUCCGGCAUGUGACGAAACAAGUCCCCAGUCCUUCCUCGGCGCCUCUAAUCACCGCAGUGAAUACCAGUUACUACAGGUAACGCACCGGGGGGUUAUGAAUGAAGAGAGACAGUCAAUGGGAGAGAGGGCUGGGUCCUAGUCCCACUGAAGUCAAUGGGAAUUUUGCUACUGACUUCAAAAGUGGAGGAGAGGCGGUCAGUAUUCUGCUCUUGAACUGCAGCCUAAGGCCACAGACCCUGUAACUGAUAGCAGCAGUCACCUACCUACCAUCAAUUGCAGGAUUAAGACCUAUGUGGUUAUUAAUAGCAGCAGCGGGUAGUCCCACGCCUUUAGAGGAAUUCUGCUGACGACCGAGGAUUGCCUUUGCGUUGGGAAAUAUUUUCAGAAUUGCACUCAAAAGAGGCCAUCAAAAACACUGGGAAAAUGGACAUUCUUAUCCCCCCAGAGAAGUUUUAAAAAACAACCCCCACCUCAAAACCAACAAAUGUAUUCUCCCUCCUGCCCCCUACGCUACAGUCAGAGCAAAUAAAAACCCAGAGGAAGAUGGGAGUAGCAAACGGGUCUCAUUUUCGUUGAUACGAAGGCCCCUUUUUUCAUUGCUCUGGCAGGGCUAAGAGGCUUUAAAGUGGGCAUGAAGGUAAUCUGCACCCACUUGAAUGUCCCUGGACACUGCCAGACUGGCGUAAAGUGACUUUGGCGUAAAAGAGAAUGGGGCCCUUGGAGCGUUCUAAUUGUCAGCCCGGUGCUGCCCAGACAGAACAUUCUUUAGUCACCAAAACCUGCCGCUUUGAGAACGAGCGGCCGUGGAGGGAUGCGGUGGUGGUGAUGAUAUUGAGGGAGGGGAAGUUAUUUUUUUAAUGAAAUACACAACAGAAGUAAAGCCUAGGUCUUCACCUCAAAUCAGACAUUACCUGUUCCUAACGUACAAAGGAAAAACUGGAAGCUUCUCUUGCAAAAACUGUCUUUUUUUUGUAAACUUAACCUACAAGCAAAAAUCUGCCAACGAGAUGUUCCUGAAUACUGACUGACUGAAUUUCACCUCAGCCUAUGUGAAACGGCACCACACACGCACAAAAACCCAAAAGGAAAACAUGGAGAACAGCUGGCAGAAAGGAGACAUUCAAAAUUCAAUUAUUUCUUCAAGACGAGACUAGCUAAAUAGACGAUCUAUGCAUAGUGCUGCAGGUUAACUCAGUAACUGUCUAGAACAGCCCUGACGCACCCAUGUAUGCUCAAGACAAUGUGUUAUGCUUAAGGAUCUCUCUCUUCUAACACACAUUCUAGUCUUGCUAAGGGUAAAGGUCUCUGCUUUUCCAGAGGUACACUCAGGGGCCAGCUUUUUACAUAAGGAUUUUUGCUUUAGCAGUAUUGCCAACCUAAAGCAUUCAAAAAUCAUGAAUCUGGACUCAAAAAAAAAAAAUCAAGAUUUUUUUUAAAAUGAUAAAUUUUUGGGGUUCUUUUUCUUUGCCUUCUGGUUUCAGAGCUUUUAGGGUGGACUCAGGUCACCUUUACAAGCUUUUCUGCUCAACCAAGAUGGUAAAAACUUAUUUAAAGAAAAAAAAAGAAAGCUGAGAUUUUCAUGUAUUCACAUGAAUCCAGCAGCUAGGGCUUUAAGAACCCACCCAGUAUCAGGAGAGCUUGGCAACGCUGUUUUAGAUAUUGCAGGUCGAAAGAUAUCAGCUCUAAAGCAGAGGGGAACUGUCCUGUCACCAAAUCUUGCAUUUAAUACUAUGUUUUGAGUCUCAGCGUUGUCAGGGGUGUAUAGCCCAAGGUGGCAGAUAAUUGAUGCCCCAGCUUUGCCUACACAAGGGCUGUACUGACAAUUUGCCAAGCGCAUCAGCCUAAUCUGCCUAAAAAGGAGAAGACGACAUCUGACCCUAAUCUUUAACGGAGUCACUGUAGCCUAUGGAGAUUAUCAGACCCAGCUUGGUCUGUGACCUUCUGCUUUGGGAUUAAAACCAGAACCCCUGCAUUUGGGAAGCGUGGUUCCCACAAGUUGCCCCUCUUUGGCUCCCCUGUACUGCAUCACGGGAAAUGCAAAAAACUGAAGAUACCAGGCCACAUCCUGGUGUAAUUACACUGACUUCAGUCUUUUGACAGCUGACUUCCAACACGUGCACCCCCCCAGUAUAUAAGCCAGCGGGACCCGCUGAGAGAGUCCCCCCAACUGUUCACAGCUGGGAUGAAUUUCCACACCAUUGUUUCUAUUCUCAGCCUUUGUGCGGUCCCUACUGCAACACUUCGGCAGUUCAACAUAUUCCAGGAUGUACCAUACAAGCACCAGCUAGCCUGACCCAUCAGUCACUGACACGUACCAUAAAAGCACCAGUUAGCCUGACCCAUCACUGACAUGGCUGCAACAACAGGCUGAGAAGCACAGAGGAGAAACAAAGCUAUAAGUUCACUGUCAAACCAGUGCCCGAAGUAAGAGUUUUCUAGCAGUUAAAUGCCCCUAAAAGCUUGGGCCAAGAGAGGGGGAAAUAGCCUCGCUCACUUUCAGCUCAUGUGAAAAUAACGUGUCUGAGGUUUAGAGACUGGGUUCAUUUUAAAGGAGGUGCAUAUUCACAUGUGAUGCACUCAAUUCAAAUGUUCCCCCCCGCCCAUUUCCCUGCAAUCCAGCAUCCACUCUUAAACAUGUGCAUAGUUUUAAGCAUGCAAAGAAGCUAACACACAUGCUUUGCUGGAUUGGAGCCUUAAACAUUGGUGUUCAGAAUAGUUCUCGCUCUAUAAAAAUCAGACUGGGGAAAAUGGUGGUGGUGUUUCUCUUUUUAGCACAGAAGGCUAAGAGAACGAGGAACUUGGUAUUAGUUCAUUUUCAGAUUAGAAAAUAACUGGUAAGAAUUAUUAUUAUUAAGCAGCUAUUAUUGUAAAUGAUGAAGGCUGGUAUCAAACCCACAAUAUCCCACCGGAAGGCUUAAAAAACCCUACUGCAUAAACACUGCCUUUCACUGAUCAAUAAAAUGCAGCAACUGGAAACAAAAAUAUGAAUGAAACCAUUUUUGUGAUCUUGCCCCAGUGGCAUACGAUGGGCGUUUUGAGUAGCCAGUGAAAGAAGAUGGUGAGUUCUAGCUAGAAGUGCUUAUGCACAACCAUGGCUAUGCCCCUGGUCCUGAGCAUUUGCAACCAUUCAUACUCCUUCAGCAGAUACUAUAGUAACUGUUAUGUCUGAGGUAUUACCAUGUAAGCAGGGGCAGCCUGCUUGCAGCUGUACAAAACUCAGCCAUAUCUUCAUUUUACCCCCAGUGCUCAGGGCAGAUAAAAAAAAACAUAUCAAGAGCACCAAAAACAAACUCAGACCAAAACCAGAGAGACAGAACAAAACCAACUUGCUACGGCCACCGGAGCCCAUGUGAAAACCGGCCUCUUAUACAGUACAAACUGAGGGUGACAUUCGCCCCUUUAUCCAGGGCCAGUCCAUCUCCUGUGUGUCACUUAAAGUGGAUCAGAAGUGCUAUGGAGCCUUGAGAUGACCCUCUGCAUGGGGUGAAUUGCAUCUCUAAGUAGAGGGUGGGGGGCGAGAUGAACCAGUUUCACGGCAUCUUGGCUUGAGUGUUUGCUAUGAGAUUUAUGGCCGUGCCUGGCCAAUGUUCCCUCUACAGAGUCUAUGGGCUUUUGUUUUGAUCCUUGUUAAAGUAAAAGAGUUAGUUUCUCAUGUAUGAAGCAAAGAGCAAAAGAAUGCUCCCGUCCUCCUGCCUUUGCUAAGUGUUUUCUGGCUCCUCUUGUCCAAUUCUCUCCUGUUGCUGGCAAAGCCACUGCUGCCUCCUUUUGGCCCCGACCCUCUCAUCAGCUUCCAACUCUCUUCCCUGUGGUUUCAGUUCGGUUCUCCAGUCACUACCGGCAAGCAGCAACUCAGUUCUAGCUUAGGGAGCCAUCAAACUCAAUGGCAAAAUUCCUGUGGACUUCAGCGGCAUGGGAUCAGAGCCCGUCGUCGUCUUUCUGGAUACAGGGAAAUGGCCAGUUCUAUUGGCAUACAGUCUAGUGGGGCCGACUUAAGGCUAUUAGCAUACAUACUGCACACAUGUUUAUUGGUUUAAACUAAGCUGAGCCAAGUGAAGAUUAGAUUUGGGGAGGAGGGAGAAGGUGCAUGGGAAAGAGUAAAGCAGAGAUCAUUUAAAAAUACUAGAUUCUUAGUUUAGCAUCAGUCCACAGGAAUAUAGGACUGAAUAAUGGAAAGAAUCUCCCGCACAUAUGCAUGUGCAUAUAUGUUUACAUGCUGCCUGAGAAGUGCAAAGCUAUCUAAGGGAUCUGUAUGCUCGAUUUCUAUUAAUUCAUGUACAUAGAUGUCUGUAUAAUGGACACAUUAUAGAGGCAUAUAUGCAUGCAGAGAUGGGAAGUGGGCAUCCACAUUUCUUAGGUAGCUUUAUAAAUCUCAGCCAGUACAUAUGCGUGCGUACACACACACACACACACACACACACACAAAAUUGUAUUUGGCAAAAGAAGUACUGGAUUUUACUAUCUGGUGGGUAAUAAAAGUUUCAUCCAUUCCAACAUUUAUAGAUUGCACUAUAACAGCUAAGUGAGAUACCUUAAGCUGCUUACCAUAAAGAAUAAUAAUAAUAAUAAUAAAAAAGCUCCUCCAGAAAAUGACUUCUUAUCCUUCAGUGAAUUCUUCUAGGAGACAUUUUUGCUUGUGAGACAGCUGCUGAAGUUUGGACUCGGCUGGUCUAUGAUUUCCCCCACAAUCACUCCAGUGGCUAGCAGGGCAACACCCCUCCCUCCCCCCAACAUAUAUUUUCCAUCAUUCCCAUAACAUUGCUAAGCUGUUGAAUGAGGCGCUCUUGAAAGCGCGGCCUACAGGGCAGGAGAUGUUACUUGCCACAUCUCUGACUUCUUCACUCUGUUUUUAAGGUUCUGCUUUUCAGGAAGAUACAAUGCACAGGCAGGAGGGAUGGGGUCAUCCCUUAAAAAAAAUACCCCACCUGAUAAAGAGAGUGGGGGCAACCAGAUAGAAAACAAAUCGAUCUGGGGGCGCUCUCUCUCCUCCCCCUCAAGUCCCACGACCUAAACUAGUGUGCCAACCCCCCACUCUACUUUGGUCAGAAGACUACUCAGGUAACGCUAUUAACUAAGGCCCUGAUCCUGCAAUAAGCUCUGUGCAGGCACCGGAGUUUGUGACCCAGAUCUUACCUCAGAGAUGGUCUGAGGCUUUUCCUGGGAAAGAGGUUGCAGCAUUAGAACGAUUUACUGAAUAUUUCCACCUUUGGAUGGGCUAACUCUCUCUCCUCAAGGCUGGCUCUGAGAGACAAAACAACCUGAUUCUGACUGGGGUCUCCACUGGGCUGGGGGGGGGAAAAGUUGUCUUAAAAAAUGCAAUUCAGCUUCGAUUUGUGACUAAACAAAAGACGUAUUUGUUCUUUUUGCAAGAUUAAUAGAAACAAAAUUAAUUUCUUUUGCGUCAUUCGGUUUUGCAUCUCACCUCACCUCUCCUUGUUGCAAACUCUGAGACACCCUCCCUCGCAACAGGGACCAAUCUUCCAUGUUUGCUCCUCAACAAUGCCUCUCAUCCUGAUGCCAGGAUCCCUCACCUGCCCUGCACAGACAGAAGCAAAACCCUGAUGCCCAGAUCUGUCACCUGCCUUGUAGAGUCAGAAACAAAACCUUGACACCAUUUAUCACCCACAGGGGUCCCUCCCCACACUCUGCCUGACCUAAAACCAUCCAGUACAUGCUUUCAUUCUGGUUAUUGAGUGAAGGGCCCAAUUCUGCUCUCACCUGCAAUGGGUUUACACCGGCAGCUCCAUUCACUUCGGAUUUACCUUGGGGAGAGUGCGGGGCCAGGCCCUGCGUGUGAAACUACUGCCAUUGAUGUGAGGGUUCCAAAAGGACUAGGAAGAUCUCAGGUCAGGCCCCCAAGCUGGCAUAAGUUGCCAGGUCGACACUGAUGUCAAUGGUGCUCUAUCAAUUAACACCAGUUGAAAAUCUGGCUCCUUGAUGUUCUCUACAUCUGUAGGAGCAAAAAAUGCCUGUGUAUUAUGGAAGAUUUAAGACGACAAAAAUGGUACAUUUUUCAGGGCCAGAUGCUGAUAACUCAUGCUGAUUAGUGCUUUACUCCACAAAUAGUUUCUUUGGCUUCAAUGGCACUACUCAAUUAUUAAUAUGAGUUGAGGAGUUACGAGAAUGUGACUGUUUUACGGUAUCAGAAUCUGACCCCAGGUUUGUGGUGGCUCUCCAAGUGACUAUCUAGCAAACGCAUGCUGCCCUACUUGACACCCUUAUGGACCUUGAAGAGCCAAGAAAAUAAAAUCUAAGAUUCUAGAUAAACUGAACCUGAUUAAGGACUCCAGGAUGGUUUCACUGGCUCCAGGGAUCCUCACUUCCAGUAACACUUCUCUUCUAUAAUGUGCCUCGAAGAGCCCUGUGUGUUUUGUAUGGCAGGUCUUAAAGAGUAAAUUACUGCUAGAUUUCACUUGCACUCCCUCGGCAGCAUCCGACAUCAGCACGUUCUUUGUUACGGAGAAGGCCCAAUUCAUCUCUGUUCAACAACAUUCUCUGGCUGCCCCUGGGAAUAGUCAGACUAAACUGAGAGGGAAA